AGGAGGAAGAGCAGCGGGUGGGUCAAGAUGCCACAGCCUCAGGAGGGGCUGUUGGGGUCGGGGUUAGCCCUAUCCCUGUGCAGGAGAACUUGGCGUCCGAGGACAGAGUCCAGACCACAAGGAUCUGGAGCUCAGGAGAGACUCGUGGGCCACCGCCCGAGAAAGCGCUGGGAAUCCAAAUACUAUGGCGAUUGGCAGCCGCGUAGGCGAGGCGGGCUGGAGACCCGCCCGGAUUUAGGUGUGAGCCACCUCCAGGGGCGGGGCCCAGGCCGCACUGCGCAGGCGCGGCUAACCCGUUUCCAUGGCUGCGAGAACUCACGCUCCCCAACCGUCCCACAACUGUCCUGUCCCAGACUUUGGCACCGUCGGGGUCCGUCGUCCCCGAGUGUGUCAGCAUCCCCACCCCGGCUGCUGCCCGGGAUCCGCCGGACCCCGGCCUCGAUAUGGGAGACCUGGAACUGCUGCUGCCCGGGGAAGCUGAAGUGCUGGUGCGGGGUCUGCGCAGCUUCCCGCUACGCGAGAUGGGCUCCGAAGGGCAGGUGGAACCAGCAGCAUGAGAACCUGGAGAAGCUGAACAUGCAAGCCAUCCUCGAUGCCACAGUCAGCCAGGGCGAGCCCAUUCAGGAGCUGCUGGUCACCCAUGGGAAGGUCCCAACACUGGUGGAGGAGCUGAUCACAGUGGAGAUGUGGAAGCAGAAGGUGUUCCCUGUGCUCUGCAGGGUGGAGGACUUCAAGCCCCAGAACACCUUCCCCAUCUAUAUGGUGGUGCACCACGAGGCCUCCAUCAUCAACCUCUUGGAGACGGUGUUCUUCCACAAGGAGGUGUGUGAGUCAGCAGAAGACACUGUCUUGGACUUGGUAGACUAUUGCCACCGCAAACUGACUCUGCUGGUGGCCCGGAAUAGCUGUGGUGGCCCCCCUGAGGGGGAGGGGUCCCAGGACAGCAACGCCAUGCAGGAGCUGCAGAAGCAGGCAAAGCUGAUGGAAUUUGAGAUUGCACUGAAGGCCCUCUCAGUACUACGCUACAUCACAGAUUGUGUGGACAGCCUCUCUCUCAGCACCUUGAGCCGUAUGCUUAGCACGCACAACCUGCCCUGCCUCCUGGUGGAACUGCUGGAGCAUAGUCCCUGGAGCCGGCGGGAAGGAGGCAAGCUGCAGCAGUUCGAGGGCAGCCGUUGGCAUACUGUGGCCCCCUCAGAGCAGCAAAAGCUGAGCAAGUUGGACGGGCAAGUGUGGAUCGCCCUGUACAACCUGCUGCUAAGCCCUGAGGCUCAGGCGCGCUACUGCCUCACAAGUUUUGCCAAGGGACAGCUACUCAAGCUUCGGGCCUUCCUCACAGACACACUACUGGACCAGCUGCCCAACCUGGCCCACUUGCAGAGCUUCCUGGCCCAUCUGACCCUAACUGAAACCCAGCCCCCUAAGAAGGACCUGGUGUUGGAACAGAUCCCAGAAAUCUGGGAGCGGCUGGAGCAAGAAAACAGAGGCAAGUGGCAGGCAAUUGCCAAGCACCAGCUCCAGCAUGUGUUCAGCCCCUCAGAGCAGGACCUGCAGCUACAGGCGCGAAGGUGGGCUGAGACCUACAGGCUGGACGUGCUAGAGGCAGUGGCUCCAGAGCGGCCCCGCUGUGCUUACUGCAGUGCAGAGGCUUCUAAGCGCUGCUCGCGAUGCCAGAAUGAGUGGUAUUGCUGCAGGGAGUGCCAAGUCAAGCACUGGAAAAAGCAUGGAAAGACUUGUGUCCUGGCAGCCCAGGGUGACAGAGCCAAAUGAGGGCUGCAGUUGCUGAGGGCUGACCACCCAUGCCAAGGGAAUCCACCCAGAAUGCACCCCUGAACCUCAAGAUCACGGUCCAGCCUCUGCCGGAGCCCCAGUCUCCGCAGUGGAGAGCAGAGCGGGCGGUAAAGCUGCUGACCAUCCCCCUCCUCCUCACCCCAAGGGAAGGCUCGAGACUUCCUGCCCCACCCGGUGGGCAGGCCAAGUGCGUUGCUUCAGCAAACCGGGCCAGGAGGGCGAGGGCCGGAUGUGGGGACCCUCUUCCUCUAGCACAGUAAAGCUGGCCUCCAGAAA